AUGCCUUCGAUCAGCGCGGAAAACCCGUCCUUGACGAAUACACUGCGGAUGUCUGGUGCAAUGUUUGUGUUUGAGGUUCACCAUGGGUUACUUUGUGAAUGUGCCAACAAAAAAGGUGUUCAGAAAAUUGCAACAUAUAUUAAUUCUAAGCUCCCUGAUUGUGAUUUGGAUGGUGGGUUGAGAGAGUUAAAGACUAAUAAGGUGUGGGACAUGUUUGCUAUUCAUAAUGAUAGAGAAACUAUAUUUAUUUAUGAGGAGAAUGUAGAGUUAAAUGUGGUCGAUGAUGUGGUAAAUCUGGAUAGUGACAUUGAAAAAAGUGAUGGCAAUGAGAGUGAAAGUGGGGCAGAUCCAACCAGUCCUAGAGGGAGUAUUGGUAGUAGUGACCUCGAGUUCUUUGGAGAUGGAGAUGAGCUGUAUGAUUUACGUGACAAAAUUAGAACAAAACAGGUGAGAGAGACCUUUAUAGGUGGUUCUGAACCUUUUUCCUUCAACAUGGGAAGUGGGAGUGGAGAGGGUCCAUCAAACCUAUUACCUCCUGACAUACAAGAGGUGGAGGAUGAUGACCUAAAUACUCCAAUGAAUUCUGAUGAGCAGGGUAAAGUGGAGUUUCCUGAGUUCUUUGAGGAUAGGGACAUGGAAAGGCCAGACCUAGUGGUGAGUCAAGCAGAGGAAGAGGUAGGGCUGAAACUAGUUGUGAGUCAAGCAGAGGAAGAGGUAGGGCUGGAACUAGUGUUGAGUCAAACAGAGGAAGAGGUAGAGGCAAAAGCCAAGUAAGGGGAAGAGCAAGAGGCAGAGGAAGAAGCCAAGCAAGGGGGAGAUACCAAGGACCAACACCUACUCAAGAGAGUUCAAUGAUCACAUAUGAACACACAAGGCCUACAACUGAAGUUGAUUCUGUAAUGAUGCAAAGGAGGUCCACCACUUAUGGAUAUGUGUAUUUUUCAGCUGGAGUGGGCAGCUCAAAAGGUGGUGCUACUGUCCAAAUUGGCCACUCAUAAAGCUUAUCAAACAUGGCACUAACUCAAGGUUCUCAAGUCCCCACGUCUACACCCAACUCAGGAAUGGCACUUGAUGGAUAUGCAGCCUUUUAGAAGUCAAUUGAAAGUUUAUGGAGCUGCUAGUUUUUGUUUGGUAUUACUUUUUUAAUAUGGGCCUGUUGGUUUUGCUUCUAAUCAAGUACUUUGCCUAGUUUAUUGCUAUCUA